CGACAGUCGGAAUCGGAAGGGAGAAGAGCAGCUUUUGCGCGCUAUGGCGGUUGAGGCUAUCUGAACAAAGAGGAAAGGGCAAGCAGAGUUGGCGGAAAUUGGGGUUCGAGGCAAGCAGUGUAAGCGGCUAAGAAUCCGUUAGCAAUCAAACAAAGUUGAAAAGCUGGAGGAGUUGGGAGGUUGAAGAACUCGGAAAGUAAAAGAAGGGAUGUAGCCGGAGGUGAAAAAGGAAGGAGGCUGAGCGCGGAAUCCCCGAUGCGUAAAAGCCAUUUCUGGUGAGAGAGAAAGGAAAGACCAAAGCAGACGGGGUGAAGCAAAGAAGGGUUUUCACGGCUUGAGAAAAUAGAGCAGCGAAGGAAGAGGAGCAUAGGCAUACGUCUUAAUGUCGGGAAAGAGGGAAAGAGCACGGCUCGAGAGUGGAUUGCUACUAAAAAACAUAAAGAAAUCAGGGGUUUCGGAGGAGCGAGAUUGAGAGCUUGAGAAAGAAUAGGAAAAACAGAGGGAAAGGAAUUAGGGGAGAAGAUGGAAUUAGGGGUUUUAGGGCUUCAGGGUGUUCUAUGGAGUGGAAUGAAGAGAGGAGCUUAUGUGAGAAAUCGAGGAGAAGAGAAAUUGGAAGGGAGGAGAGGGAGAAAGCAGUGAGGAAAGAGGAGCGAGAGGUUGAUUGAGAACAGUGGAGGUCUCGUUGUUUCCAGGAAAAAAGAGAGCAUGAAGAAGACAGAGCAUUUACAAACUUAUCUUAGGCCUGGAAAUUCAAAGGAAUUUUCAGCUCCACCAGGCUUUCCAUCUCAUACAUCAUUUCUGUUGAAGAAAGUAGACUCUCAUGAAGGAACAUGUGGUUCCAUGCCUUCUCUGAGUACGUCCAAACAAAAUCCAAUCCAGAUGAACAUCACAGCCAAUACGGUUGACAUAGCAACGUUAAAGAGCACUCUUGGGGAUAGACCGUGGAUACUGUAUGAUCAUAGCAGUCACAAGUGGGAGGAAUCAGGAUCUGGUCAACCUGAAAAGGAAUUUAGUGACACUCUUGCAUAUAUUGCAAGCAUUCGUUCCAGAGUGGAGCCCUAUGGAUUGUGCCGUAUUGUUCCUCCUCCCUCUUGGCAGCCACCAUGCUGUCUUAAGGAAAACAACAUAUGGAAGAGUUCUAAAUUCAUUACCCAAAUUCAAUGGGCUGAUGGGCUCCAACAUCAAUACUCGUCGAGCAAAAUGGGUAAUUUUUCUGAAAUUAGUUCCAUUAAGAGAAAAAGAAGCUUCAGUACAGGAUUUGAGCAAGGGAUUGAUGGUAUACAUCCUCUGACUGAUGAAGCGGGUUCCUCUAAUAUUGAGGGAUUUAAACCAAAAACUGGUCCAGAGUUUACACUUGAAAGUUUCAAGAAAUAUGCAGAUGAUUUCAAGGCCCAAUACUUCAGCAUGAGGGCUAAGGUUUCAGGUGGUGAUAAAACUUUUGUAUUUCAAAACAAUUUGGAGCCAUCGGUAAACGAAAUUGAGGCUGAAUAUAAACGAAUUGUUGAGAAUCCAAGUGAAGAAUUUGAGGUGCUUUAUGGUAACAAUGUGGAUACUGGAGUUUUUGGCAGUGGAUUUCCAUCAAUAUCCAAUCUGUCGGAAACAUCUGACUAUCAUAAAUAUCUAGAAUCAGGCUGGAACUUAAAUAAUACACCAAAGCUUCCUGGUUCUCUUCUUUCCUUAGAAGAUGCUAAGAUUUCAAAUUUGUUAGUGCCUCAUCUGCAAAUAGGGAUGUGCUUUUCAUCCUUAUCUUGGAGAGUUGAGGAGCACCACUUAUACUUACUCUCUUAUAUGCAUUUGGGUGCACCUAAAAUAUGGUAUGCUACCCCUGGAAGAUACAAUACUAACUUUGAGGCCACCAUCAGGAAGUUCGUCCCAAAUUUGUUAGCAGAUCAGCCUGGCUUGGAUCAUAAGCUGGGUAAGAAACUUUCUUCUGAAGGUGUACCUGUUUAUCGUUGCAUCCAGUAUCCUGGGGAGUUUGUUCUUAUUUUCCCAGGAGCGUACCAUUCAGAGUUUGAUUCUGGUUUUAAUUGUGUUGAGAUGGUAAAUUUUGCUCCCGUUGAUUGGUUGUUUCACGGGCAAAAUGCUGUUGAGCUCUAUUCUGUACAGGGGAAGAAAACCUCAAUUUCCAAUGAUAAAUUGUUGCUAGGUGUGGCUAGGGAAGCUGUGAGGGAACAAUGGGAGUUAUUACUAUUAAGGAAGAACAUGUCAAAUAAUUUAAGAUGGAAGGAUGCUUGCGGGAAGGAUAGCAUCUUAGCAAAAGCACUUAAGUCACGUAUCACAAUCGAAGAAAAAAGGAGGAACUAUCUUUGCAAUAUUACACAAUCGCGGAGCAUGGACAAAAAUUUUGAUGCUACAAGCAAACGUGAAUGCAGCAUAUGUUUCUAUGAUUUACACCUGUCUGCAGCUCAUUGUGUAUGUUCUCCUGACAGAUAUUCAUGUUUGCGUCAUGCAAAGCAACUCUGUUCCUGUGCUUGGAGUGAGAAGAUUUUUCUAUUCCGUUAUGGAAUUAGUGAGUUAAAUGUUCUUCUUGAAGCUUUGGGAGGGAAAUUUAGUGCUAUCUAUAGAUGGGCUAGAGAAGAUCUCAAGUUGGCUGUCCGUUGCUUUACUUCUAAGGAUGGAUUACAAUCGAAAUAUUGCCAAGAAGAACUAAAACAGAAAGAAGACAAGCGCCAAGAUGCUCCAUCAGCGAGUGGCACUGGGAAGAAUACUGCUGCUAGCAUCAAGGCAGAAAUGAAGGCUCGAGUGCAGCAAGCAACAGCAUUGAGUAAACAUAAAAGCAACAAGGAAAUAGUUGUAUCUCCAAGUCGGACAAUGGACUAUGCAUCAAUGAUGAGGAGUGGGACAACUUCCAGUCCUUCAAAUGAAACUAUAAGCAUUUCAAGUUCCUCAGAAUCCGAAGACUCUUCGGAUCCUGACUUUCAAUAUGGUGAAAACUUCUCAUUGUCCGAGACUUAGGCUUCUCAUCCGGGAACUCAAGCCACGUCAUCUCAUCCUUCACACACUACUUUACAAAAAAAAUGUGGCUGGA